AUGUCUAGCAGAUGGUUUAACGCGAUACAUUUACUGGUGUGCCCGGCGACGGUGCUGGCGGGAUACCUCAUAAACGCGUACGGCUGCGGCGCGGCGUUGCAGGAAACGCUGAACAAGGACGGACUGGUGAACGCUGUGUUCGUGAAGAAGGGAUGGUUCUGGACGUCGCUGGUUGGGUGGUGGUGCAUCAUACGCUACCUGCCCACGCCGUCCGCGGGCGCCAGCGGCAGCCGCCGCAGGCGCAUGGCGCACUCGUUCAGGCGCUACGCCAUCCUGACGGUGUGGUGGUACGUGUUCACGCAGGGCAUCUGGUUCGGCGUGGGGCCGAUCAUGGACCUGGUGUUUGUAUACACGGGGGGCCAUUGCCACUACGACGUCUUCGACGCAGUCGGUCACGUGAACCGCGACUUCCAGGGCUCGGAGACUCGGACGCAGCGCGCGCUGGCGCUGAUCCGCGACGUGCUCACGCUGCACGGCGGCGAUCACGUGCACGGCCAGCACCAGCAGCACCAGCUGUGGGACCGCUCGGUCGGGUCGAUCCAGAACGCGCUGCAGGCGGCGGCGACAGCUGCUGCUGCUGCUGCCGCCGCCGCUCCGCCCGCGGCCAAUAUCACUGACAGUGCGGUCGCCAGCGUCAACAUGUUCAUCCACGACCAGAUGCACCAGUGGCAGGGCCCACUAAGCACCUCUGCCCAGUGCCGCCGAUCGGGCGGCCACUGGGCAGGCGGCCACGACCCCU